GAUUUCCUACCUCUAAAAUGUGACGCUUGUGAGCAGAUCUUCUGCAAAGACCACAUCACAUACAUCCUUCAUAAGUGCAGCUCAGCCUAUAAGAAGGAUGUCCAGGUCCCUGUUUGUCCGCUCUGUAACACCCCCAUCCCAGUGACUCGAGGACAGACUCCGGAUGUUGUAGUUGGGGAACACAUUGAUCGGGACUGCAAGUCUGAUCCAGCCCAGCAGAAGCGAAAGAUAUUCACCAAUAAGUGUCAAAAGCAAGGCUGUAAACAGAAAGAACUGAUGAAGGUUACGUGUGGAGACUGCCAUGGGAACUUCUGUCUCAAACACCGACACCCGCUGGACCAUGACUGUACAGGAAAGAGCGCCCCCAUCUCCCGAACAGGGCAUGCAGCAUUGCUUAGAGCUCAGGCUUCUUCUUCUAAAGCCUCCGCUUCCUCCAGCCGUUCAGCGCCAAAACCGAUAGCACAGCCUCAGCGAAACAGG